CAGAAAAAUAUUUCACUCUUCACCUUAUUUUUAAAAUUGUAGCAUUACAGAUUAAAGAAGGCCACUUUCAGCGUUUUAGGUAAUCUGGAAUAGGUUAAUACAAUCAUGAGUGGUGGUGUUUAUGGUGGAGAUGAAGUUGGAGCGUUAGUGUUUGAUAUUGGCUCCAACACUGUACGUGCAGGAUAUGCUGGGGAAGACUGUCCUAAGGCAGACUUCCCGACCCACUUGGGACUGGAAGUCAUUGAACAAAUGGAGUCUGAUGGAGGAGAAAACAAACCCGAAAGAAAACUCAGCAUUGACACAAAUCAGUUGAUUUUUCCAAAGAAAAACAAUAAUAUCAUCACCCCAAUGUUAGAUGGAAUGAUCAAUGAUUGGGAUUUGUUUGAGGAUGUGAUAAAUCAUACAUACAAACGUUAUAUUCGAAGUGAUUCGGAACUUCACCCUGUCCUCAUGUCAGAACCUGCAUGGAAUGAACGAAGUAAAAGAGAAAAGGCAUCUGAACUUAUGUUUGAAAAAUAUAAUGUGCCAGCUUUCUUUUUGUGCAAGUCACCAGUUCUCUCCGCCUUUGCUAAUGGUCGAUCCACUGGUGUGGUGCUGGAUAGUGGUUCAACACAUACUUCUGCUGUUGCAGUCCAUGACGGUUAUGUGCUUCAACAGCGAAUUGUAAAAUCACCACUUGGUGGAGACUUUGUGCUCAUGCAAUGCCGGGAGAUGCUUCAAUCGCUUAACAUUGAUGUGAUUCCACAUUACAUGGUUGCUAGCAAAGAAGAGGUUAAGCCAGAAGCUCCACCAAAAUGGGAAAAGAAAAAGAAUCUACCAGAGGUCACAGAGUCGUGGAGAAAGUACAUGAUCAAUCAUACACUGAAUGAAUUUGUUGUCAAUGUUCUACAAGUAGCUGACUCUGAAAAUUUUGAACAAGAGCAUGUAAACAUGCCAAAGGUCUCAUACACAUUUCCGAAUGGCUACAACAGAGAGUUUGGUGUUGAGCGGCUUUCCGUUGUGGAAAAUCUAUUUAACCCAUCUAGGAUCCGAGGUGCUGCACCAAACUCUAUGCUUGGUGUGCCACAUGUUGUCUCUAGCUGUAUUAACAUGUGUGAUGUGGACAUCAGACCAGGGUUGUAUAAUAGUGUCAUUGUAACAGGUGGAAAUAGCCUUCUGCAGGGAUUCACCGAACGUCUAAGUAAUGAACUAGCAAGUAAAACUCCUCCCAGUAUGAAACUCAAAAUAAAUGCAAGUACAAGCUCUCUUGAGCGCAAAUUCUCCCCAUGGAUUGGUGGUUCCAUUCUUGCCUCUCUCGGUACUUUCCAACAGAUGUGGAUCUCGAAGCUGGAGUAUGAAGAAGGGGGGAAAACAUGUGUGGACCGCAAGUGUCCUUGAAUUUAUUUGCAAUGACUUCAAAAAUAAUAUUGAAUUUUAAGGCCAGAUUGGUUAAAUUCUUGGUCGAUUCACUUUGCAGCAUUUCAACAGUAGAACUGCCAUUCUUGAUUUGUUGUAUAAAAUAAAAUCGUGUGAAAAGGUAG